AAAAAGUGGAAGUGGCUGAAUGUUAUGUUGGAACUCUUCAGUCUGAAUUACGUAAUUCCAAUUGCUUUAGAGAAAGUCCGCGGAAACAUGAAUGGAAAUUAACUUCUCUGUUCCGGCUGCUCUCCCUGCAGUGUUGCUGGUUUUGGUCACAGUUCAGAUUUAGAAUCGCCAUGAUAUCAUGAAAGAAUAUCAUGCUUACUCGAACGGAUACGUGUAUACAUGUAUGUGCACCCAUAUGAUCCUACUUAUGUACAUUGUACCUGUAUGUUUGAACUAGGCCUAGGCUUAUCACAGUCACUGGCGUGCGUUUGUUUUCUGUCGAAAGGGAGGUGACAUGAUGGGCUGGCUGAAACAGGCCCUUGUGCUUUUUGUAGCAAUUCUCUUUUAUCAGAUAUACACACGUUUCAGGGAGACUUCAUUACCACCAAUUGUUGAAGGCAACUUUCAUCCGGAUUUCCGAGAGGUUGCAAAUGUAUUCAGAAAGCUAGUGGAGAGUGGGCAUGAGAAGGGGGCAUCAUUUGCUGUCUACUACCGUGGGAAGCCAGUGGUGGACAUGUGGGGUGGAUAUGUGGACCAGGAGUCAGAGCAGCGAUGGAGAAAUGACACCAUAACUCUCGUCUUUUCCUGUACUAAAGGAGUAGCUGCCAUUGUAGCAGCUAUGCUUGCUGACAGAGGAUAUCUUGAUUAUCAGAAAUUGGUUUCACACUAUUGGCCUGGCUUUGCUAAGAAUGGAAAAGAGAACAUUACUGUUGAAAUGUUACUGAGCCAUCAGGCAGGCCUUAUCACAACCAAUGAAACAGUUCCUCUACAUUGGUUGAACUCUGACCCAGAAAGGCUAGAACAAUUCCUGGAAAACCAAACACCAACAAUUGAACCAGGUUCCGGUAUUGUGUACCAUGCUAUCACAUAUGGCCUGUAUCUAGACCGUUUGCUACCCAAGAUUGACCCCAAAGGUCGGUCUGUGAAACAAAUGUUUGAGGAAGAUAUUGCUAAGGAAUUUGAUAUAGAUUUUUCUAUUGGAUCAAAGAAAUCAGAAGACUAUCGGUUUGCUCCCCUUGUGGCGAUGUUUAGGAAUCCUGAGAUUCGUCAGGUCCCACUUGUAUCCUCUAUGGGUCACGGUAAUGCUCGCUCACUAGCCAAACUUUACGGAAUUCUGGCUAAUGGUGGACAGAUUGAUGGAAAACAUAUGCUGUCACAAGAAAUGAUCCACACCUUGAAUACUCCGGUUGUUUCUAAAAAUAGUCUGGAUUUACACAGGCUCUCAACAUAUGGACUCGGAGUCAUCUUCUUUGACAACCCGCAGGGUGGCAAAGUGUUUGGACACACAGGUUAUGGUGGACAGAUGGCGAACGCUGACUUGGCACACAACUUAGGUCUAGCCUAUAUCACAAACCAUCUGUCUGAGUAUACUUUUGGGGACGAUCCCAAGUAUUUAGCUUUACAAAAGGCCACUUACAACUGUCUUCAGAAACAUUCCAAAAGAUAUGGCAAUUAAAUCAUCAAAUUAUCGUUUUAAAA